UAUAAACGAUUUGAUGAAUGUGAAAAAACAUCACAUAAAGAUUGGGAUAUUACUAUUGAUGAAUAUUUUUAUGAAACAAAAAAAUUUUGUUGUUUCAUUUGGCAAACAAUGGAUUGUGAAAUUGAUAUUGCUAAACAAUGUAAUCAAAUUUAUUCACAAAGACUUGAAAAGAAUACAAUAAAAACAUAUCAAACAUUAUGCAAUCAUAUUGGCUAUGGUCAUGGUAGCUGGUCAUGUUGGUGGACAAAUGAACGACAAGCUAAUGCUGGUAGUAUAAUCGGAAUUGCUAUUGUGAUACUUUUGAUGUUUUGUUUUGUUUAUAGUUUAUAUCAAUAUAAAAAUUAUCAAAUGAAAAAAUUGGAUACAUCAACAGUCGGUCAACCAACACAACCAGCACCACGGUCACAAACACCCCCACCACUAGCAACACCACCACCAACACCGCCACAAACACCACUACCGCUAACACCACCACCAACACCGCCACAAACACCACUACCGCUAACACCGCCACCAACACCGCCACAAACACCACUACCAGUAAUAGCAGAAGGAAAUAUUCCACCAUUACCACAGCCAACACUUAUUACCGAACCCAAUGGAAUUGUUGAUAAAAUUUUUCGUUAUAAUGUAAUGCAUAGAAAUCCAUGA